GUGCAAGAGGCUGAGUGGAUUGUCUUCACUCAAUGAGAAGGAACUGGGCUUUUUGAGAGCUGAAUUGUGGAGAUAAACCUGUGGAAUAACACAUACACUGGAAUAUAGCUCAGUAUUGGUUGGGACAUCCACUUGUGAACAGGCAGGUGCCAGGACCGAGCUGGGGGCCACAGAGAGCCAGACAGACAGUCCUGAUGGCAGAAGCCUGGAAGGCAGUCUGCUCUGAACACGUGCUCUAGGAGCCAGGGGCCACACUUCACGGGGAAACACUGCACAGGUGUGUGUGUCCAUGAGGUCAUCCAUGCUGGUCCUGCUCCUCAUGGUCAGUGCCCAGGCAGUGGCCACCAUGGGAGGGGACUUCUGCCCCCCGGUCUCCGCUCAGCGGCAAGGACCUGCCCCCAAAAGGACCCCUAACUCUGCCCCCACCGUGGAUCCCAAACUGUUCACCAAGCGACGCUACCAUUCGCCCCGCGUUCUCUUCAGCGCCCAGCCGCCCCACACAGAGCCCAUGGGACGCCAGUGGUCCGGGGCCAGCAGGGGAAGGCGCAGGGUUGGCCAGCCGAAGCACCGGGGGGUGUACUCUGUGUGUGAGAGCGUCAGCGUCUGGGUAGGCAACAAGACCAAGGCCACGGAUAUAUCUGACAACGAAGUGGAGGUGCUCCCGGACGUCAACAUUAACAACGUGAAGAAGAAGCAGUACUUUUUUGAGACCAUGUGCCGUGGCGCACGGGGGGGCAGCACUGGCUGCCUGGGCAUCGAUGGGCGACACUGGAACUCCUACUGCACCAACUCGCACACCUUUGUGCGGGCGCUGACUUCCUUCAAAAACCUGGUGGCCUGGAGACUGAUCCGCAUCAAUGUGGCAUGUGUCUGUGUGCUUAGCCGAAAGUCCUGGCGACAGUGACCGUGCUCUCACUGGUCAUGUGGUCACUGCAGUACUGAUGACAGGACCACUUGGUACUAUCAUGUGGUCACUCCAGUACUGCAGUCCCAACCACCCACCACCAACCCACUGGAGUGCUCUGAGACUCUGCCCCACCACAGCCCUCACCUAGCCCUCUGCACAGAGUAAAUUAUUGAUUAUGAGGACUGCAAGUAUAUAAACCAACUAUUUGUUUAUCAGUUGUUGUUGUUGUUUUGUUGUUGAUAUUGUUAUUUA